AUGCUGCACGACGCCCGUUCAAGUGCAGACUGUAUUGCAUCAGACGACGAACCACACACCCUGAACGACGUCGUGUCGCGGAAGAAGUGGACCCCAGUCGGACGGCAAAUCGAAUUCCCGAUGAAAAUCAACAACCUCGUCUAUUCGCCGUUGUGGCCAGGAAUGGACAACAUGGUAUUGCCGCGGACGUCGCACCACUAA